GUGUGUGCAGACCCAGGCCGUGCAGACCUUGGCACCUCUGACUCCUCCAGCCCAGAGCACCUCACCUCUGGCCUCCAACACAAGAAAGCAGCGUGGCCUGCUGGGGUUAAACUUCGGCUGAAGCACAGGCGCAGUGAGCCUGCAGGCCGCCCUCACUCUUGGCAUACAACCAAAUGUGGGGAGAACCAACCUGAUGCCAGCAUGAUGCAGAUAUCUCAGGGCACAAUGGGCCCUCCUUGGCACCAAAGCUGUCACUCCAGCUCAUCUACAAGUGACCUCUCCAGCUUCGACCAUGCUUAUCUGAGGCGGAGCCCUGACCAGUGCAGCUCCCAGGGGAGCCUGGAAAGUCUGGAGCCCAUUGGGGGAAUCUCAGCCUGCCAUCUUCUUUCCCCUGCCAAGUCUACGAGCAGCAUUGACCAGCUCAGCCACCUCCAUAACAAGAGAGACUCGGCAUACAGCUCUUUCUCCACCAGUUCUAGCAUCCUAGAGUACCCACCCCCUGGUGUCACUAGCCGAGAGCGGUCAGGCUCUAUGGACACUACUUCUGCCCGCGGGGGCCUCCUAGAAGGGAUGAGACAGGCAGAUAUCCGCUAUGUCAAGACAGUCUAUGAUACCCGGAGGGGAAUCUCAGAAGAGUAUGAGGUGAACUCUUCAGACCUGCUGCUUCAAGGUCGGGAGGCCCACCCAUCAGCAGAUGAUCAGGGCUAUGAUAAAUGGCAUAGCAUUUCUCGGAGCAAGGGAGCACUAUCCUCAUCUUGGAGCCAGCCGUGCUCCAGUUCCUUAGAGACUGGCCCUGACAACCUGCCUCAUAAAGUGGGUGCACCACAGCCCCCAACUCGGAGUGACAGUUAUGCAGCCUUUCGGCACCGAGAACGACCUAGCUCUUGGUCUAGCCUUGAUCAGAAGCGCUUCUGCCGGUCUCAGGCAAAUUCUUCGGGCUCCUUGAAAUCUCCAUUCAUAGAUGAUCAGCUGCAUCCUGUCCCAGAGAAGAGUCCAGAAAACAGCCCCCCAGUGAAGCCCAAGCAUAAUUAUAUUCAGAAGGCCCAGCCUGGCCAACCACUGCUGCCAACUGGCAUCUACCCUGUACCAUCCCCGGAGCCACACUUUGCCCAGGUGCCCCAGCCUUCUGUGAGUAGCAAUGGUACACUCUACCCUGCACUGGCCAAGGAGAGUGGAUAUCCAGCCACCCCUCAGGGAGCUUGCAACAAGAUAGCUGCCUUUGAUGAGAAUGGAAACCAAAAUGGAGCUAGCAGACCUGGAUUUGCCUUCUUCCAGCCUUCAGAACAUGACUCACUGGAGAGGAAACCAGAAACCACGGUCAAAUACGUCCCCUACAAAGUCCAUUUUCCUUCAGUGCCUGAAAAUGAGGAGGAUUCCUCCCUAAAGAGACAUCCCACAGCUCCAGAAGGCAACAGUGUUCAUUACAAUGAGAGAAAGAACACUCAUGGCAACAAAGCGUGUUCUAAUCACCACAGCCUCAAAUCUCCUCAGGCCCAGGCCUGGCAAGUGGGUGGAGACAAGAGGUCUUCUAGGCUCCUGGAACCCUGGGAGAGUGAUUUCCAGGAAGACCAUAAUGCCAACCUUAGGCAGAAGCUGGACAGAGAAGGCCUAAGCCACAGCCAGUCAGGCAACUUUGGCAGGACCAAGUCGACCUUCUCAUCGCUCCAGAACAUUCCAGAGAGUCUGAGAAAGCAAAGCAGCCUGGAGCUGGCUGAGGGAGUGCAGGAGAGUUACCCUGUUGGCAGGUCUACCUGUGCGGUCAACACCAAGCUGGAGGACUCUGCAAGGAAAGUGCUCCCUGACCACAGAGGCCACCUGGACAGGCCCGUUUCCUAUGCGAGGCCUGAAGGGAGAUCCAGUACUUCACCCUCUAUCCACCGUGCCGAUCCAAGCUAUGAAGAGCCCCCCACCCCUCCAUACCAGCAGACAUCCAGCCUGGGCAGGAGGAGACUCAGCUCCGGCAGCACCUCGGCCCUGCAGGGUUUCCAGUACAGGAAGCCCCACUGCUCUGUGCUGGAGAAGGUGUCCAAGUUCGAGCAGCGAGAACAUGGGAGCCCCCGGCCCCCCAGUGCAGGCCACACCUACAGGAGGGCCCCGACGUCCAGCACUUCCGGGAGUGACCUUGAAGAGACAAAAGCCAGCCUCCGGAGCCCUGAGAACACGGAGCCCUUGGGCAAUGAGGGGCAGCACUUCAGAAGCGGGGAGCCCAAGCUGGAAGAGGCCUCUUGGCAGCCUUGCGGUCAGCAGCUGAGGAGGACUGAAGAGGGGGGCCGUGGCCCCCCAGUCCGAGUCAGCGAGCCCCCAAGGCCCGACGCCCGCUUGCUCCGCAGCCAGAGCACCUUCCAGCUCUUCAGCAAGGCGGACGGAGACGCCCCGGGGCCGGAAGACAGGCCCGGCGGCGCCCCCGCGUCGCCCCUGCUCGACGCGCCCUUCAGCCGCACCUACAGGAACAGCAUCAAGGACGCGCAGUCCCGGGUCCUGGGGGCCACCUCCUUCCGGCGCCGGGACCUGGAGCUGGGGGCCCCCGGCGCCUCCAGGCCCUGGCGGCCACGGCCAGCCUCGGCCCACGUCGGCCUGCGAUGCCCAGAGGCCCUGAUGCCAGCCUCGGCCUCCCCGCACACCCCGCGGGAGCGGCACAGCGUGACCCCGGCCGAGGGCAGCGCGGCCCAGCCCCUGCCCACCCCGGCCCCCGCCGCCGCCGCCCUCCGCAAAGGCCCGCGCCGCCGCCUGACCAUGGAGCAGAAGAAGCGCUCCUACUCGGAGCCGGAGAAGAUGAACGAGGUGGGGGUGUCGGAGGAGGCCGAGCCUGUGCUCUCGGGUCUGCACCGGCCCGGGGUACUGCGGUACCCCGAGAGCAGCGUGGCCGACCGGCGCCGCCUCUUCGAGCGCGACGGCAAGGCCUGCUCCACGCUCAGCCUGUCGGGGCCCGAGCUGAAGCAGUUCCAGCAGAGCGCGCUGGCCGACUACAUCGAGCGCAAGACCGGCAAGCGCCCCGCCACCGCCGCCGGCUGCGGGCCCCAGGAGCCGGGGCUGCCCGAGCGCGCCCAGAGCGCCUACCUCCAGGCCCCCGACGGCCCUGGCCUGGCCUCGGCCUGCAGCCUGAGCUCGCUGCGGGAGCCCAGCUGGCAGCCCCGCAAGGAAGCCGCCCUCUCCCCGCCACUGCCAGCUGCAGCCACGGAGACCCCCAGGGCCCCUCGAGAUCGCAGCAGCUCCUUUGCCUUCGCGGGUGCACGCUUCCCUGGAGAACGGCGACGCUGGGAUCCCCAGACCCCGAGGGAAAUGCUCAAUGGUGCUAGCUGCGGACCAAGGGGCACCCAGAAGCUGGACAGAAACCCUGGAGGGUCUUCAUCCUGGGGGAACGUGGCCAGGAGAACCGGGAAGUCCAUGUCAGCCGAGGACCUGCUGGAGCACUCCGAUGUGCAGGCUGUCCCUGUCCACGUGCGGUCCAGGUCGUCUCCCACUGCAGACAAGAAGUGCCAGGAUGUGCUCUUGGGGGAAGACAGUGGCUUUGGUUUUGUGAAGAAUCCAUGUCAUCUAACUGACUCUGGAUCUACGUUGCUCAGUUGUUCUGACAGAGGCCGAGAAGAGACUCCGGUGCCCCUCCAUCCUCCCACCCCACGCUGGGACAGCUCAGGCUGCAAAGCAGCCAGUAUUUGUUCAGUUCCUAGUGAAUGUCCCAAAGCCAGCAGAAUGCAAGGGCUCCUCCCAGACACUCGGGCUGCCACCUUGACCCCACAGAGCUCCCCUCUGCCUUCACCCGUUCCCUCCAGUUACUGUUCGCAGCUGGCCUCUGAUCCGCAGAGUGGAAGGGAUGGUCAGGCAGGGCGACAGCCUCUUGCACCCUACACCCCUGGAGGGCCCCACAGAAGCGAUGGUCUGAUCCAGCCUCCCAGCCCAGAGCAUGGGGUAGAAGAAGGCGCGAGGAAGAGGGCCAGUCUGCCCCAGCGGCCCCCUCCUCCUCGGGUGAAGUGGGCUCACAUAGCGACAGAGGACGGCCUCUCCCAGGAUGCCUCAGCACUCGAGUUCGCAAACCUGAAGCACUACCACACGCAUCAGACGAGUCUUCCGAGUUCAUGCAGCACUUCAGACCCAGACACUCCUGGGAGGGUCUCGCUGCGCAUCUCUGAAUCUGCCCUGCAGACCUCCCCACCGCUCCGGGAGGACUAUGAGGACGAGGUGUUUGUGAAGGACUUGUACAAGGCCACCUCCAGCCCCACAUUUGAAGCCCUUCCCCCACCUCCACCUCCUCCAGUGAGCCAGGAAGCCCCAGUGAAUCCCUCGGAUGACUUUCCUCCUCCUCCUCCCCAUGUGGUGUUUGAGGCACUGGAAGAUAACCAGGCCUGCGAGGAGCCUGGCAGCAGCUCCAGCAAGUUUUCCAAGGUGACACUUACAAGAGAAAGACACAUGCCUGGUGCAGUCCCUGUAGUAAGCAGUCAGAUCCUGGCUCCCAGACCCCAAACUAUCAGAGGUUCAGAGGCCAGUGAGUCCAACCCACACACCAUCAUGAGUGUUCAGCCCCAACUUGCUGGGUCUCUUGGCCAACAGCCAAGCCCAGAACAGCCACCUCCCAGCCAAACCCAAAGCUUCCUCCAUGAACCAGUGAGUGGAACUCUGGAUACAGAAAAGAAUGUCAGUCCUGUUCCUCAGAAGACCUCAGAAGACAGCAGAACAGAGGCUCUGGCCAAGGAAAUUGUCCACCAAGACAAAUCUCUAGCAGACAUUUUGGACCCAGACUCCAGAAUGAAGACAACUAUGGACUUGAUGGAAGGCCUGUUCCCCCGAAACAUUAAUACACUGAAGGAAAACAGCACGAAGAGGAAGGCCCUGCAGAGAACUGUCAGCUGUCCAGGAUGUGAAGGCAAAAGGAGUGAAGACAAGGAAGCAGCAGGAGUGUUAGUCAACUGCCCUGCCUACUACAGUGUGUCUGCUGCCAAGGCUGAGCUUCUGAACAAAAUCAAAGAUAUGCCAGAAGAGGCGCCUGAAGAGGAGGAGCAGGUGGAUGUCAAUGAAAAAAAGGCUGAGCUCAUUGGAAGCCUCACCCACAAACUUGAGACCCUCCAGGAAGCAAAGGGGAGUCUACUCAUGGAUAUCAAGCUUAACAACGCCUUGGGAGAAGAGGUGGAGGCUUUGAUCAGUGAGCUAUGCAAGCCCAACGAGUUUGACAAGUACAAGAUGUUCAUAGGGGACUUGGACAAGGUGGUCAACCUGCUGCUAUCCCUUUCUGGGCGCCUUGCCCGGGUUGAGAACGUCCUGAGUGGCCUUGGGGAAGACGCCAGUAAUGAAGAAAGGAGCUCUCUGAAUGAGAAAAGGAAGGUCCUGGCCGGGCAGCACGAGGAUGCGCGGGAGCUCAAGGAGAACCUGGACCGCAGGGAACGCGCCGUCCUGGCCAUCCUGGCCAAUUACCUCUCAGAGGAACAACUCCAGGAUUACCAGCACUUCGUGAAAAUGAAAUCUACACUCCUUAUCGAGCAGCGAAAACUAGAUGACAAGAUAAAGCUGGGCCAGGAGCAGGUCAAGUGUCUGCUAGAGAGUCUUCCCUCCAACUUCACUCCCAAGACCGGGGCCCUGGCUCUGCCUGCAGACCUCUCGAGCUCAGGGACCCCCGUAGGGCGCUGUGCUGUCACUGGCCUGGGCCCCACAUUGACCUCUCCACUUUAACCUCUUCUAAGAGACCCCACCAAAAGAUCAUCACUUCUCUCAACACUAUUUAAUCUACAGUGUUUCACUGUCAACUACCAUGUAAACUCUGGGUGAUUGGGGUUUUCCUGGAUAAAAGGAAGAAAAUUCUAUCCAAGAAGAAGCCUGGGUUUUCCUUCUUGCCUUUCCCGAUUGAUCUGAGAGCUUGGAUGCUGCUGGAAACUUACCCCUUUCUCUUAUUACUUAGUAUUAGAAGGAAAGUUAGUGAAACUGUGACCAGUGCGUGGAUAGUGUUUGGGCAUGUAGGUUUUUAACAGACCAAGGCAGCUGAGAUCAGUGAGUGUCACCCUCAGGAAUGUAUCCAUAGUGGCCUUCCUCGCUGGUAGGCAGCGUGCCCUGAUAACCGGGUACACAUACCAUACAUGAAGGGUCAACAACACAAAGCCUUAAAAAAGACACACACGCUGAGAAGGAAGUUGUAAAGCCUUGAACUUUGUUAUUAUUUAUAUUUUUAAAAAUGAAGAUCAUGAUGUCUGUGUGCUAACCACUUAUUUGAUUCUGUUUUGUGGUGGAUGUAGACAACUAUGUUUGAACUUUGUACUUUGUGAAAACCUUAAUGAAGAAUUCCAAAGACAGCCGCAUCAAGCGUGGAGACUCGUUUUUUCUUUCCUUGUUCUCGUGACUUGUCUGAUUAUUUUUUAUAAGUA